CAUCAGCCAUCGACAAAGCAAACGGCACAAAGUGAGCUCCUCCCAGAACGUGGCCGUCGUGCGCACGUGUGCGUGCAUUACAUGUAUGUGUGCGCAGGCGUGCAAGCGCGCGUCACGGCCGUUCUGCGCGGCGUGCGGCCGCCACUUGAAGACGCCGCGGAAGUUCGUGGAGCACAUGAAGUCCGACAAGCACAAGCGACAGUUGCGUUUGAAGGCGGCUCAGGAGGAGGAGCUUAUCACUGUGGACGCGGUUGGCUGUUUUGAGGAGGAGGCGGAGCCAAAGCAGGAAGUAGAAUUAGGACACCAGGAAGAGGAAGCAGCCACUUCACAGGCGACCUCUUGACCUCACGAGCGGACCCCCGCCCGGUCACGACGGCCGCCGGUCGGUCCUCCCGUCUCCUUUCCGCCGAGGCCGAACUUCCGGGACCUGCUCUCCAAACUUCAACGCGGGUGGCCAAAGGAAAAAAAACCAAAACUCUUGUCGUCGAGAUACUGAUCCAGCUCCUGUAUUUAAGGAAAAGAAAAAUAGGGAAGACUAAAAUAGGAAUAACCUCGAUAACUUGGCAAAAUGGAAAAAAAAUCUGAUCCACACACAAUUUUCCUCUUUUAUGAAUUUACAUAAAAUUGA